UGCUCUCCGCAGAUUCCCCUCCACUGGAGUCUGGGUUCGGUCAGAGGCAGAGUGUUAUUGCACACACUGUGUCCCAUUUCCAGCGGAGAUGGUGAAUGUCAGCUCUCAGAGUCAGGGAUGGGCGAUCCCAGCCAUUAGCAAUCCUCUUCAGUGAUUGUCAGCCUGGCAUCAGUGAUCACGUAACCAGGACUGGUGAUAUGCAGCAACUGCCCAUACAACCGCCCACUUCCUUCCAUGGCUUCAGAAAGGAAAUGGCUGCCUCCAUAUUCUGACUCUUCCAAGACUGGUGUAGCUGGGUGGCCUGUUCAAGAAGGCCUGGACAAACUGAGUUCUUGGUCCAUUCCUUCCUCCCAAACAUUGGUUCAAUUAUUGAAAAUCAGAGAGCAUGUCUGUCGUGUUAGUACAUGGCUCUGGGUGUCAGAUGUGGGAAUCCUGGGAAUCUUCCAAUCUCCCAGAUGGACACAUCUGCACCAGGUGCACCGAGAUGCAGCUUCUGACAGACCAUGGUAGGGAUCGGGAGCUGACGUUUGGUGACCUACAGUUUAUUAGGGUAAGUGAGCAGGAUAUAGAUAGAAGCUACAAGGUUCCCGAGGCUGCAGGAGUUAGAUAAGGGGGUGACUGUCAGGGAAGGGAUGGGAAGAGCUCAGAUAGUAGGGAGCACCCCUGUGACCACCCCCCUCAGUAAUCUUUAUGCUGUUGAGGGCGGUGACCUGACAGAGGAUGACCACGGCAUUCGGGUCUCUGGUACUGAGCCUGGUUCCGUAGUGCAGAGGGGAGAGAAGAUGAGGAAUGCAAUAGUCAUAGGGGAUUUCAUAGUGAGGGGAACAGACUGGAGGUUCCAUCAGCCUGAUAGAGAUACCUGCUUGGUGUGUUGCCUCCCAGGUGCCAGGGUACGAGAUGUAUCGGAUCGGGUGCAGAGUAUUCUGAAAGGAGAGGGUGAACAGCCAGGAGUCUUGAUACACAUUGGUACUGAUGACAUAGGUAGAAAAAGGGAGGAGGUUCUGAAGGAAGGAGAAUUCAGGGAGCUGGGUAGGAAGCUAAAAAGCAGGACCUCCAUGGUAGUAAUCUCAGGAUUACUGCCUGUGCCAUGUGCUAAUGAGGGCAGGAACAGUAUGAUCAGGUAUAUUAAUGCAUGGCUGAGAAACUAGUGUAAAGGGCAGGGCUUCGGGUUCCUGGAUCAUUGGGGCCUCUUCUGGGGGAGGUACAACCUGUACAAAAAUGUUAGGUUACACCUGAACCCAAAGGGGUCCAAUAUCCAAGCAGGCAGGUUCAAUAGAUCUGCUCAAGUGGGUUUGAACUAAUUUGGCAGGGGGAUGGGAACCGGAGUGAUAGGGUUGAAGGGGAAAACAGAAAUAAAUCAAAGAUGGCAUGUAACAGAGAUGAUAGAAAGGACAGGCAGGAGAUGAGGCGUAACCACAGCCAGUGGGGUUAGUUACCGGGCAACAGAGGCGUGGUGCAGUUAAAACAGAAAGCAACAAAUACUGCACUGAAAGUGUUAUAUUUGAAUGCACGCAGCAUAAGAAAUAAAAUGGACAAUCUUGAAAUUCAGCUACAGAUUGGCAAGUAUGAUGUUGUGGCCAUCUCUGAAACUUGGCUAAAUGAUGGCUUCCAAUAGGAGCUGAACAUCCAAGGAUAUGUGGUGUAUCGGAAAGAUAGGUUAGGAGGCAGAGGGCGUGGUGUGACCUUGUAUAUAAGAAAUAAUAUUAGAUCAUUAGAAAGGGAUGACAUAGGAUCGGAAGGUGUACAGUCUCUAUGGGUUGAGUUAAGAAAUAGCAAGUGUAAAAGGACCCUAAUGGCAGUUGUAUACAGGUGUCCAAACAGCAGUCAGGGUGUGGAUUACAAACUACAGCAGGAGAUAGAAAAGGCAUGUCAGAAAGGCAAUGUCAUAAUAAUCAUUGGGGAUUUUAACAUGAAAGUGGAUUGGGAAAAUCAGGUCAGUACUAGACCUCAAGAAGCCGGCUGGUGACAUUGUGGCAUCAGCGCUGGACUUCGGAUCGAGGUUCGAAUCCAGACGGCUCCCCGGCAGGUUUUCCAUCCAUGCUGGGUUGAACGAUGAGCUAGACACAUGACCUCGUAAAAAUAAGAAAACCUGCUAAAAAAAAAAAAACGCCGUCAUGAUGGCAACCCGAUGACUCCACGCAGAGUUAAGGGCUUUCUUCUUCACUGGACCUCAAGAGAGAGAAUUUGUAGAAUGUCUAAGGGAUGGCUUUUUAGAACAGCUUGUAAUUGAGCCUACUGAGGGAUCGGCUGUGCUGGAUUGGGUGUUGUGCAAUGAUCCAGAGGCUAAGGAACCCUUAGGGAACAGUGAUCACAAUAUGAUCAAAUUCAUUUUGAAAUUUGAGAAGGAGAAACUAAAUUCCAAUGUGUCAGUAUUUCAGUGGAAUAAAGGCAAUUACAAUGGCAUGAGAGGAGAACUGACCAAGGUUGACUGGAAAGGGACACUGGCAGGGAGGACAACAGAGCAGAAAUAGUGGGAGUUUCUGUGAAAAAUGAGGGAAGUGCAUGACAAAAGAUAUUCCAAAUAAGAAGAAAUUUUUGACUGGAAGAAGGACACUACCGUGGCUGACAAUCGAAGUCAGAGCCAAAAGCAAAAGAGAGGGCAUACAAGGAAGCCAGAGCUAGUGGGAAGAUGGAAGAUUGGGAAGUUUUUAAAAACUUUCAGAAGGAAAAUAAGAAGGUCAUUAGGAAGGAAAAGAUGAAUUAUGAAAGGAAGCUGGUGACUAAUAUCAAAAAAGAUACUAGAAGUUUUUUUUAAGUAUAUAAAGGGUAAAAGAGAGUUGAAGGUAAAUCUAGGACCAAUAGAAAAUGAUGCUGGAGAUAUUGUGAUGAGAGAUUCAAAGAUGGCAGAGAAACUGAAUGCAUAUUUUGCAUCAGUCUUCACAGUUGAAGACAUCUGCAGUAUAUCGGACAUUCAAGAGCUUCAGUGAAGUGAAGUAUUUGCAGUGAAAAUUACAACUGAGAAGGUGCUCAGGAAGCUUAAUGGUCUGAGGUUGGAUAAAUCUCCUGGACCUGAUGGAAUGCACCAAUGGGUUCUGAAGGAAGUAGCUGGAGAGAUUGCAGAGACAUUAAAGAUGAUCUUUCAAGAAUCGAUUGAUUCUGGCAUUGUCCCAGAUGUCUGGAAAAUUGCAAAUGUUACUCUGCUAUUUAAGAAGGGUGUGAGGCAGCAAAGUGGAAACUACAGACCUGUUAGCCUGACAUCAGUGGUUGGGAAGUUAUUGGAAUCGAUUGUUAGGGAUGAGAUUGCGGAAUACCGAGGGGCACAUGAAAAGAUAGACCAAAGCCAGCAUUUUUUAACUGAAAGAAAAUUCCUGCCUUACUAACCGACUGCAAUUUUUUGAGCAAAUGACAAGCAGAGUAGACAAAGGAGAUGCAGUAGAUGUGGUGUACUUGGAUUCUCAGAAGGCCUUUGACAAGGUACCUCACAUGAGGCUGCUUAGCAAGAUAGGAGCCCAUUGAAUUACAGGGGUGUUACUAGCAUGGGUGGAGCAUUGGCUGAUUGGCAGAAAACAGAGAGUGGGAGUAAAGAGAUCCCAUUCUGGUCUGCUGCCUGCCGGUUGUCAGUAGAGUUCCACAGGGUUGGUGUUGGGACUGCUGCUUUUUACGAUGUACUUUAAUGAUUUGGACUGUGAGAUUAAUGGAUUUGUGACUAAAUUUGCCGAUGAUACAAAGAUAGGAGGAGUGGGUAGUGUUGAGGAAACAGAGAGCCUGCAGAGAGACUUCGAUAGUAUCAGAUAAUAGACAAAUAAGUGGCAAGUGAGAUACAAUGUUGCAAAGUGUAUGGUCAUGCACUUUGGUUGAAGAAAUAAACGAGCAGACUAUUAUUUAGAUGGGGAGAGAAUUCAAAAUGCAGACAUGCAAAGGGAUUUGGGAGUCCUUGAGCAAGAUACCUUAAAGGUUAAUCAUCAGGUUGAGUCAGUGGUGAAGAAGGCGAAUGCAAUGUUGGCAUUCAUUUCUAGAGGUAUAGAGUAUACAUGCAGGGAUGUGGUGUUGUGGCUCUAUAAGGCACUUGUGAGACCACACCUGGAGUACUGUGUGCAGUUUUGGGCUCCUUAUUUUAGAAAGGAUAUACUGACAUUGGAGAGGAUUCAGAGAAGAUUCAUGAGAAUGAUUCCAGGAAUGAAAGGGUUACCAUAUCAGGAACAUCUGGCAGCUCUUGGGCUGUACUCCCUGGUAUUCAGGAGAAUGAGGGGGGAUCUCAUAGAAACAUUCCAAAUGUUAAAAGGCCUGAACAAAUUAGAUAUGGCAAAGUUAUUUCCCAUGGUAGGGGAAUCUAGGACAAGAGGGCACGUCUUCAAGAUUGAAGGUCGUCCAUUUAGGACAGAGAUUUGGAGAAAUUACUUUAGUCAGAAUGUGGUAGGACUGUGGAAUUUCUUGCAAUGAGUGGCUGUGGAGGCCAAGUCAUUGGGUGCAUUUAAUGCAGAGAUAGAUAGGUUCUUGAUUAGCCAGGGCUGAAAAAGGAUAUGGGGAGAAGGCAGGAGAGUGGAGAUGACUGGAAGAAUUUGAUCUGCCCAUGAUUGAAUGGCAGAACAGACUCGAAGGGUGAAUGGCCUACUUCUGCUCCUAUAUCUUAUGGUCUUAUAGUCUUAUUUAUAAUGAAGAUUAGUACAAUCAUCAGUUCAACAUCUUGUAACUUAGGGCAUAAUUUAGAUUUUAGUUGAAAGAUAUAAACAAGACCUAAGAGGCAGGAUUUUCUACAGAGGGAAUAUGGAACCAACUGCCAGAGGAAGAUGUAAAGAUGGGUACAAUUAUAUUUAAAAGACACUUGCCGUAGGCACAUGGAGGAGAAUAGUUUGGAGAUAUGUGGAUCAUAUGCAGACAAAUUGAACUGGGCACAUUACCUCACUGAUUUCCCAUGCAGAUUUCCUCACAGACAGGCCCCAGUUAGUAUGGAUUGGCAACAACAUCUCCUCCACAGUUCUGAUCAGCACAUUUACACCACAAGGCUGUGUGACCAUUAAAGAUAGGAGCAGAAUUAGGUGAUUUGGCCCAUUGAGUCUACUCUGGAAUUCCAUCAUUGUUAAUUUAUUCACCGUCUUGCCCCUCCCCGCUCUACUUGCUUUGUAACUGUGAUUGUGUGGAUAGCACAGCUCCAAUGCCAUGUUUAUGUUUGCUGAUGACAACACUGUCACUGGCUGUAUCAAAGGUGGUGAUGAAUUGGCAUAAAGUACAGGAGUGAGAUUGAAAAUCUGGUUGAGGGUUGCCACAACAACAACAUCUCAUUUAUCAUCAGCAAAGUGAAGGAGCUGAUUAUUGACUUUAGGAGGAGGAAGCUGGAGGUUCAUGAGCCAGUCCUCUUUAGGGGAUCGGAGGUGAAGGGGAUUUGCAACUUUAAAUUCCUUGGUGUUAAAAUGUCAGAGAUCUAUCUUAGGGCCAGCACACGUGCCAUCACAAAACACAGUGGAGAGAAUCCAGACUGGCUGCAUUAUGGCCUGAUGUGGAUAGGCUACAGAAAGAGGCGGAUGCAGCCCAUACGUCACCGGCAAAGCCCUCCCACCACUGACUACAUUUACAUGGAGCACUGUCAGAACAAAGCAGCAUCCAUCAAGGAUCAAAGACCCCACCAUCCAGGCCAUUCCCUCUUUGUGCUGCUGUUCUCAGACAGGAGAUUCAAGUGUCUUGGAUGCAACACCAUCAGGUUCAGGAACAGUUACUAACUUCCAACCUGAGGCUCACAAACCAGCAAUAUAACUCCCAUCGCCACUACUCUAAACUGAUUCUCUGACUUACAUUCACUUUUAAAUAGCCUUUAUAACUCAUGUUUUCAUUUUUGUGUUAUUUAUUGCACUAUUUCUCUUCUUUUGCUCUUUGGUUGCUUGUCAGUCUUUGUUUGAUUAUGGAUAGUGUUACGAAUGAGGAGCAACUCUGAUGGGCAGAAGGGUACAGAGUCGCCAAUGCCCGCCCCCACCCUUUUGAGAAUUGCAAAAUCGCUAUUAUUUCGGGUCUGACACCCAGGAAAUGAGAGAGAUACACAGCAUGUCAGUAAUGAGAGAGAAACAACGCAGAGAUACACAAAGGUGGAAUGUCUCCUAUUGACAAAGAGAGAGAUUACUGCUAUUGUCUCCUGGAGAAGGAAUUGUGUAUUGAGUACUGUACUAUUAAUUGAAACCCCUCAGGGGGUAACCAGAGUGGUCUGGUUGAGGGAUUGCAUCAUCCCAACCUGAUUGACAUCUGAGACCCCGUGAAUGGGGAUAAAAGUAGGGUCUGGGGAACACCCCUCAGACGCCCCAGCAGAGACGCUAUGAGACCGGUGGGGGCUUGUGUGUGUGUCCACCCUUGCCUGGGUGAUGAGUCCUCCAUGGAACGGUCUAGCAAAAGGAUGGAGGCGGAUCAAGAUUGCAAAAGGAAAGUCGGCAAGUUAAUAGUUGUUAUUCUCUCUCUCUUUCUCUCUCUCCAACAAUUGCAACACCACGAACAACUACUGCAGCCUGCAUGAACUGAACUGAACUUUAUAUUUCCAUCGGACAAUUCAUUAUUCCCUAGACAACAAUAGAGCUUAUUUCUUAUUGAUUAUUAUUAUACCAGCACUUUUAGGUUUAGUAUUGAUGACGUAUAUUAUCUGUAUAUUUGCAUUGAUAUUAUUUUUGUGUAUUUUUACUAAUAAAUACUGUUAAAAAUAGUAUCAUCAGACUUCAAUGGAUACUCUUAUCUUUGCUGGUAAGACACCCAGUUACGGGGUUCGUAACAACUUCGGGGCUCAUCCGGGAUUUGAUAACAAAUUGGAGGGCCAAUAAAUCGGUCUUUUAAGUCCAGACUUGAAUCUGGUUGUGCGGGUAACCAGAUGGGAAACCAGCAAAGAUGGACAUAGACGGAUUUACAAAAAACCCGACUCUGGAGGCGCUAGAGGAUGCCACAAAGUUGGACUUGAUAAAUAUUGCGAAAAGAUUAAAACUCACAGAGGUGAAGUUGUCAAUGGAAAAAGUGGGAGAUACAGAGGGCCAUAGCUCAGUACUAUGUUAAUAAGGAGGUGUUUUCAGCUGAGGUAGUGGAACCUACCCCUGAAAAGGUACCAGCUAGUGGGACGGUUCAGUUAGAGUUGGAAAAAUUAAGGUUGGAACAGAAGAAAAGGGAGUAUGAGCUCCAGCUAAAGGUGAAAAGGGAGUAUGAGCUCCAGCUAAAGGAGGAAGCAGCUGAAAAGGAGAAGGAAAGAGCUGAAAACCAGAGGGAGCAUGAACGUAGGUUAAAACAGCUGGAAACAGAGGAGAGGGAGCAUGAAAGAGCUGAAAGGGAGAAGGAGAAUGAGCUGGACAUGGAGAAGUUAAGGCAAGAGAGAAGGGUCCAAGGGGCGGUCUGAGAGGAGAGGUUUAAUGUUAGUAGGGAAUUUAGGUUAGUACCUCCGUUCAAGGAGAUGGAUGCUAAUAGUUAUUUCUUGCAUUUUGAAAAGGUGGCAGUGAAUCAGAAGUGGCCCAAAGAUCAAUGGGUGAUGUUGUUACAAAGUGUGUUAAAAGGGAAGGCACAACAGGCAUAUGCGGCAUUGUCUGUGGAGGAGGAGGAGUAUGAGAAUUACGAGGAAGUAAAACAGGCCAUUCUUUGGGCCUACGAAUUGGUACCUGAGGCAUAUAGACAAAAGUUCAGAGAUUUAAAGAAAGUGUGGAAUCAGACGUAUGCAGAGUUUGCCUAUGAGAAGGGUGUGCUCUUGGAUCGUUGGUGUGCGGCAGAAAGGGUGAAAGAGGAUAUUCGGCGUUUCAGGGAGUUAAUUCUGAUUGAGGAAUUUAAAGGUUGUGUUUUGGAUGAUAUCCGGAUGUAUUUGAAUGAGAAGCCGAAUAAGUCCAUAUCCAAAUUUGCCAGGUUCGCAGAUGAAUAUGCCCUAACUCACAAGACAAAGUUUUCCUCAAAUAAGAGUUACCAGAAAGACCGUAGGAACGGUAGAGAAAGACCGCCGGCUGAGGCAGAAAUUCAGCCGGGAGCUAGUGGUAAAAGUAAGGAGGAACGAAGGCAAGCUGGCAGGAGGGUUCCUGGCUUGACCUGUUUUAAUUGUGGAAAGGUGGGUCAUAUUGCAUCUAAGUGCUUUGCUCCGAGGAAGGAGACAGGAAAAGGGAAAGCAGCAGUCCCUACAGGAUGUAUUGUGUCAAUCUGCAAAUCGACAAGAAAGCCCCAGGUAGAUAGAAUACGAGAGGGGCGUGAGAAAUUUAUUUCAGAAGGGACCGUGUCUGUGAAAGAGGGAGAAACACCAGUUCCAGUGCGGAUCUGGAGAGAUACUGGAGCUGAGCAGUCAUUGAUUCUCGGUAAGGUACUAGAUUUUGGUCCUGAGACUGGAGAGGUAGUUCUGAGAGGCAAAGGAAAAGGGGAAGAAGUUGUGCCUUUGCAUGGGAUCAAUAUAAAUUGUGAUCUGGUAUCUGGACCAGUUGAAAUAGGGGUGCGAUCAGAAUUUCCGAGAGCUGGCGUGGACGUUCUUCUUGGUAACGAUUUAGCAGGUGGUGACGUUUGGUCAGCAAUGAAGCUGACGAGCCAGCCUGUAAGUGUUGAGGAACUGCCCCUAGGUUCCAAGAUCUAUCCCGCAUGCGCAACCACUCGCAGCAUGUUGAGAAAGGCAGCUGAGAAAGAGACCUGUUUAAAUCAGUCCAGAUUUUACUUAUAAAUUGUGAACUGAGACGUUUUUACCGACCCUGUACCAAGAGGGGUUAGAGGGUGCUAAAACGGAGAAUAGGGAGGUGAAAGAGAGUAAAAGAGAGGAGAUAGACCUACCCUUAGCCAGGAGAAAAUUUAUAAAGGCACGGAGUAAAAAUGAGAAACAGAUAAGGCUGUUAGAAGGUCCAGGGUUGGCCAUGGAUGAUCUGUCUGGCUUGACAGAACUGCUUGAAGAAGUUGAAAAUUUUAAAUGUGUUCCCGAUAAUGAAGUGAGGGCAGUCCUAGAUGAAAAGGAUGCCAUUACCUUGAAGGAGUCUGCUGGGUUGGCAGAUGAGGUUGUUUCAGCCCGCAGGGUUGAGUUUACUCCGGAAAGGAGUUGCCCAGAGAGUAACUGGGAGGAUCAGGGGAACUUAGAAUUUGAAAAGGGGACAGGUACUGAAAGCCUGGAAGAGGCAGAUGUCCCGUUUGAGUGUAUUCAAGAUGUGGAUGCACAUGGUACUGAACCUAGUAAUGAAACUCAGGAAAAGUCUGAAGUAUCUGAUUUGGUUGAAAAGGAACGCAGUCCUUUUGGGUCAGGUGGACUUGGUUCAGUGAAGAAAGGGUUAACCUUGGUACUAGUGGGAAGUGAGAAUUCCCAAUUGUUUGUGUUCGAAGAUGUGUUAAAAGUUAGUGAGGAGAUAAAAGGUGGUGAUGUGGAUAUUAUUAUUGAAGGAGAAGAGAAAAGUGUAGUUCCUAAAUUGAAUGAAGAAAAUUUAAAGUCUGGAUUGGUGUCAGAAGCGGUAACCAGGCUGAAGGAACAAUGGCUUGUUAACAAUGUGCCUGUGAAUCAAUUACAGGCUGAUUUGGAAUGUAAAGGUGCCCCACUCGCUAUUGUUAUUCAAGGGUGUGCUGUGAAGAGGCAGAAUUUGAAAUGUUGUUUGGACAAAGAGGGAUCCCUUGUAGAUGUUAAGCUGAAAAUUAAUAGAAUGAAGGGUCCUGAAGAUAAAACUAAUGACUUGCUUAAAAAUAAAGAAUUGUGUGAAAGUUCAGAAGAUGGGCUAAGUUUGGAAAACAUCGUUGAUAAAAUAACUCCUAUGAAAGGAGUAUGCAAAAGCCUAUUCCACACUGGUGAGCAAGCUAACCACAUGAGAGUUAAGUGGAAAAGGGGCGAAGAUUGACGAAAUGCCACUUUAAAAAACAGAAUCUGGUUUUAAGGGAUUUCGACAAAGCCUUUAAAUAAUAAUGACAACACCAUGGAAGAUUGACUGUUAAGUUUAAAAGUAAAAUAAAGAUUAGUAUUUGCUUAAACUUUUGUAAUGUACUACAGAAUAAUCACACAUGUAUUGGUUCACAUUUUGUACUAUAUACUUAAGAUCACAACCCUUUAGUUUUGUUUUGCUGAAGAAAAGGAAUAACAAAAUAAGUGGUUAUUGAAUUGGAGUCUGAUGCUACAGGAAUUUAUUAAGGUACAAGAUAUUAAGAUAUUAAAGGAAGUAACAAUGUAAUCGCUAACUGUUUAGAUGCUAAAUUGAAUGUAUAACUGUAUAACUCUGUUGUGAAAAACUCUUUUGUAUUGUGUUAGAUUCUGAAAUUCUGUAAGACUCUGUAUUAGUUAAUUUUUCCCUGUAGUAAAAAUUCUUAGAAGGAUGGGGAUGUUACGAAUGAGGAGCAACUCUGAUGGGCAGAAGGGUACAGAAUCGCCAAUGCCCGCUCCCCCCCCCCUUUUUGAGAAUCGCAAAAUCGCUAUUAUUUCGGGUCUGACACCCAGGAAAUGAGAGAGAUACACAGCAUGUCAGUAAUGAGAGAGAAACAACGCAGAGAUACACAAAGGUGGAAUGUCUCCUAUUGACAAAGAGAGAGAUUACUGCUAUUGUCUCCUGGAGAAGGAAUUGUGUAUUGAGUACUGUUCUAUUUAUUGAAACCCCUCAGGGGGCAACCAGAGUGGCCUAGUUGAGGGAUUGCAUCAUUCCAACCUGAUUGACAUCUGAGACCCCGUGAGUGGGGAUAAAAGUAGGCUCUGGGGAACACCCCUCAGAUGCCCCAGCAGAGACGCUACGAGACUGGUGGGGGCUUGUGUGUGUGUCCACCCUUGCCUGGGUGACGAGUCCUCCAUGGAACGGUCUAGCAAAAGGACGGAGGCGGAUCAAGAUUGCAAAAGGAAAGUCGGCAAGUUAAUAGUUGUUAUUCUCUCUCUCUUUCUCUCUCUCCAACAAUUGCAACACCACGAACAACAACUACUGCAGCCUGCAUGAACUGAACUGAACUUUAUAUUUCCAUCGGACAAUUCAUUAUCCCCUAGACAACAAUAGAGCUUAUUUCUUAUUGAUUAUUAUUAUACCCGCACUUUUGGAUUUAGUAUUGAUGAUGUAUAUUAUCUGUAUAUUUGCAUUGAUAUUAUUUUCAUGUAUUUUUACUAAU